CUUUGAGGCAAGUCUGAUAUAUUAUUUCGUUGCUCAGGGGAAAGGGUUCGAAAGUACAGACAGAUAUUUACAACCGUAAUGCAAAAAACAGCGAUGGCUAAUCAAGGCAGACGGGCGACUUUAGCAGAACUGACAGAACCUCUUCUUGCAAAUCCAGUGGACUCUGAUGAUCCUUAUGGUAAGGUAGAUUGAUACGUCAACGAUUGAUUAAUUAUUCAAACAAGUAAAGCUGUAAUUUAAACUGCGUUUUUAUUGCUUUUGAAAAGAAAUAGGCCAAGUUUAAACGCUAUCAGCGCAACUGUAUAAAACCGUAGCUGAGUUGCUUUGAUUCAUUCAGGUUGACGACUGAUCAGAGAUCGUAGAAAACAAAAUAUUGGGCUGUUUCGGGUUCAGUUUCUAUGUAAAGCAAAUAAGCUUUGCUGUCAUGCAUUAGGAGCUCUGGUAGUACCUUGAUUUCUUGCCAUAGAAUCGAAUUACGAUAGAGGUAAAUGUUAACUCUGAAAACGUCGUUGUAAUUCCCAGUGAGUCGAGGUACAGAUCAUGCUGAAACAAAGUGGGCUUCGUUCGUUUCCAUCAGGAAGUUUGUUAAUUAUGGAUGCCAUUACUGGCACAGAAACGUUAAAGAAGAAUGGCGCUUCGCUCGUUUUAUUUCAUAACUAAUUUUUUAAGUUUUCUUUGUUUUGUUUUUUUUUAUGGCUUCUAUCCUGAGCUAGAAGCGCUAUCAAAACAUCAAAUAUCGCUGCAGUUAGUAGACCGUGGCCGGAAGGAAUUUUAUUUCAGUCGAUCCGGAAUUCUAGUCGAUCAACGGCUGAUAUGAGCGAAACCGUGCGAAACUUUGCUCCUUAAAAUCAGCGAAACAAAUAACCGCAAAAGUGAAAGCUUAUGACUUGAAAUGCUUUUGUUCCUUCGGAAAUAAUUUGGAAUGCGUAUAUCUAAUUCCGGUUCAGCUUGGCUGACCUCAUCAUCCCAUCCGACUUGAAUAGUCUCUAUAGCAUUCUUAAUCCAUCCCCAAGCUAGGGUACGGUGUCUCAAUUUUAAAAAGUACAAAUUCGAUACGGAUAAAAUUAAUUUGACUUUAGGCAGAGUAAAUGGGCAAAUUAUAAUGUCCGGGGGGUACUUCCUAUGAUGGCCUAUCGGGGGAGGCUUCGCCCUCAAGGGGUAUCUCUUUCAGGCUUCAGGUAUACGAAAUGGUAGGGAUUUCAGUAGUUGAAGUAUAUACAAGGGUAGGGAAAUCUGUCAUUUGGGUCUGUUAAAGGGCCCAAAAGGGCUAACAGAUGAAUUUUAUGGCUCUAUAAAGUCGAGAAAACGUUCUAUUUUUGUGAUUGAUUCCUAUUUAAAAGACAGUGCAUUUACAGCAGUUAAAAGGGAUGCAUAGUUCUAAACAAGGUAUGUGAAAGGGGUACCAUUUGUUAAUAGAAGGUAUACGAAGGGGUUCCUUCUUCGUGAAAAAUGGUAUAUAAAGGGUAAGGGGUUGGACCCCGUGGCGGAGCCUCCCCGUAUAAACAUUUGUUGAGUACCCCCCGGGUUAUAAUGACGUCAUUAAAAGAAAACACUAUUCCUUACAUCAACUGUCAAACGUUAGCACAGCAUGAUUAAGAGUGUUAUUAGUGUUCACUGCCUUUGCUGUUUGUUUCUGUUUUGCUCAAAGUCAUACUAAUGAACUUUUCGGUUGCAUUCAAAAACGAAACUGAUUCAUGCCAUAGGUCUGCAGGGGUAUGGGUUCUUGCCUAUGCUGACUCCAUGAAGUCGUCUCAAAUCGUGGGUUCAGAAAACGUCCAAAACAUCGUCCCACAUACUAACAUUUUAACACCAAGAAAAUAUGGCUCCUGUAUGUAGUUAAAAUAAAUCAAGUUUCUUUGUAUUUUUCACCCCUUCCCCCUCAGGGUACGUUUUUGUUUCGGUUCAGUUCCUCUCCCCCUUGCGUUAUGUUUAUUAAGCGGUGAUGCAUAUCAUGUCAGCAGCAAAGGAAGAAGCCGCCUUGUUGACGCCCGCGUGUGCCAACAUACGGAUUGUAAAUAUUGAGUUUUAUGAGUGACUGGCCCUCAAAGAGAAAAAUUAUGUUCCCGCAGUCAUUAGUAGUGAAAAAAUUCUGAUAACUAACCCUAAUUGUUGUACUGCAAACAAUCGUCAGCCAUCUAUUAUCGGUAGUAUCAUUCCGUUGCUUUGCUGUUAUUACUCUUUCUUUGACAAGUCUGGAUAUUGUGUCCGUGGAUAAAAGUUCUACAGGUUCUUGCGCAUAAUAUAAACUUAAAUAAAAACAAAAUUAAAUACAAAUAAAUGCAAUGCAAGUGAGUAUUUGUUGAAAACUGUUUCAUCUGAAUGAUUCCCUUUCUUUAAAUGGGGUUCCAUUUUAUGUAAAUUUUAGCCUAGUGCAAGAUACUGGCUCGGCUGUUUUUUUUCAUUUAUUUUUUAAGAGAAAUGCUUCGGUGAGUUUUGAAUGGUGGUUGUCAAUCAGUCUUGGUAAGAAAGAAGCAAGAUUGUGUUUUGUUAGGCAUAUUUUAUUUUGCCUUUUCUUUCUUUUUUUCAGUUAACCCUUUAAUUACCUUAAGUACUAAACUCAGUCUUUGAAACAGUAGAAACCAAAACAAACCUUAAACAAAUUUCACUUGACUACAUAUCAUGUACUCGCGAUGCUAAAAUAUUCAGUGAGAAAAGAAUUACAUGUCAUAUUGUUUUAUUUCCGGGUUUUAAAUUAAUCAUGUUAUUUUUGGAUAUUGCUGACGUCAUCUCUUUCACUUUCGGACGAAUGACGUCAAUGCCCCGAACGCGUAAACAGUUGCCCUCCUGGGUAGUGUAUAAACUUGAAUUUUGCCAAGAAAAUCGUGAAAUGAAAUGCCGUGGUACAAAACCGCAAUACUGGAGAGCCAGGGGCGCAUGAAAAAAAAAAAAAAAAAAAAAAAGUUUACAUCUUUUAAAAAGGUCGUUUUCUUUAUUAGUUUUCUCACCCCCCGUUUUCUGUCCAAAAGGAUGAUGUUGUUUUUCUUAUUAUACAACAAAUUUGCAAAAGGUUUUUUUUAUUAUAAUAUUUAUAUUUUUUAUUUUUUUUUGUUAUUGAUUUUUUAUUUCUACUGGGGAUGUUAAAAAACAUAAAUUUGAAAAAAAAAACGGAAAAAAAAAAGCCGGGGUACAAAACACCAAUAGGGGAGGACCAGGGGCGAAUAAAAAAAAAAAAAAAAAAAAAGCUUACAUCAUUUAAAAUGGUCGUUUUCUUUGUUUGUUUUCUCCCACCGCGAUUCUUGUUCUACAGGAUGGUAGUCUUUUUCCGCGUAAAUGACAAAGCUGCAAAGGGCCUAUUACCACAGGAUAUGCCAAAGGUUGAAUUAUUAUCGUGUUAAACUUCUUCAUAAUCUUUGAAGUGACGUAUUUUUCAAUUAUUAUUAAUACUGGUAUCGUGCACCAAGUUCCUAUUGGUGCACACCCUAAUGUUUAUUAUAUCAGUUAACUCAUUUUUAAAAAUGAAAAACUGUGUUUCCACUUUAAGGUUGUUAAAUUACAUAAGGAAUACUCUGCUGGUAUACCGGCGUAGCAAAGUCAACCUGUGGGAGAUGUUCGGGGAAUACAAUGAGAAAAGUUUGACGUAAAUCAUUAAAAUUUCUCCAGUAAAGUACUUGGGGGUUACGUUCGGUCCGCCAAUGCUGCAACAAGCACAUUUUUCCCGCAGCAAUUCUGUAACAGUACUGGCUUACAUUUCAGUUGGUGUAUUGGCACGAAAUUAAAACAACUUAAAGUUUAUCAGUCUCUGCAAUUUCUAGUAAAAUUCAUUUGCAUUUGAACCAUUCAGUCAACAAGCUGCAUGGCAAGUUGGGUAGGUAAGAUCCACUGACAGGCCACUGGCCAUGUAAUGAUGACUUCCACGUACCAAGUUUGCUUCGUUUUAUGACAACACGGGAUAAAUUAUGGCGUCAAGAUAUUUAGGCUGCAAAAAACUAGGUACUUUUUGACAUUGUUUUGUUUCGUUUCUGAUGUGCAAAUCACGUGGCAAAGUGACUCUUUGGAGUAACACGCUAAAGGGGCAAAUAAAUCAGGAAACUAGAUUCUUUUUGCAAGAUUUGUUCCAUCCGUUUUGAUAUCCAUAUGCACAAAAGGGAAAAAGAAAAGAGGCGGAAGCUAGGUGGAUGUUUGUUAAAUAAACCAGUCCGACAGUAAGGCGAGGUUUGGUAAAACAGCUUCGAUCUCUAGAUCAUCCAUAAUCGUCAUAAACGUUUGUUUAUAUUGAUUUAUAGUGCAUGACUUGUCUGAAGGAUCGACGCAUCUUUUUUGCUCUCGUAAGAGAGGAGAUUAUAGUUUUAUCAGUAUACAUAUCUUUUUUUCAGUGCUGUGUGGCAUGACUUGAACCAAAAGACCUUGAUGACAAAUUUGUCAUAUUUGAUAAAACUGUGUGAACAAUACGAAAUGGUAUCUGUAUUGACACUUACUACCUAUCUACUGAUAUUUCUUUCUUGAGGAUUCUGUUUCUAUUUGAGACGGCACGGAUGUGAGAGUUUUGUUUAAACUAAGCAGCAAAUACAUAAAUUAUAAUUUCUUUAAAUGUAACAAGCGUGUUAAACUGGUGACCUCAUGACGCAAUCCUCAAGGCUGUUGUGCAAAAACGUACUAGUCUCUCUAUUCGGUCAAUCAUGUUCUUACGAUGUCAGGCAAAGAGCUUGCGAGCAUUCGAUCUAUUCUAAGGCUUGAACCUGUGCUGAGCUUUCUGUACAGCUUACUUAAGUACAGGAGUCAUAUCACUCGUUGAGUAAAAUUGGGACAUGGCUAAACAUUGUCACAUGAAGGCAGUAUUACUCUGACUUUCAAUCAAAUUGUGAAGUGGCUAUUGUAACUCUUUUAUCCGAAUGACCGGUGGAUCCCUUACCGCUCCAUAUCGGGUCCUUUGGAAGCAACGAUUUGGAGGGUGUAUAUAACUCUGACUUUCAAUCAAAUUGUUAAAAAAGUUAGCUAUUGUAACUUUUAUCCAAAUGACCUGCAUGUAAAUACCUUACCUCUCCAUACCGGGUCCUUUGGAAGCGAAAAUUUGAAGGCGGUGUUAUUCUGACCUUGAAUCAAAUUGUGAGAUGGCUAUUGUAAUUUUUAUCCAAAUGACCUCUAGAUACCAUGGCCUCUCCAUACCGGAUUCUUUGGAAGCGAAGAUUUGGAAGCUGUAGUUACUCUGACUAUCAAUCAAUGUCACCCUGAUUUUCAAUCAGAUUGUAUUGUGAAAAGGCUAUUUUAACUUUUAUUCCAGAUACCUUGCCUCUCCCUAUCGGGUCCUUUGGAAGCGAAGAUUUCCAAGGUGGAGCAGAAGUACGAUUUGUGACGUUAGAGGAAAAAACCGUGUUUGAUAAAGUACAGUCCAGGAGUGGAGGCGUAGCAAAACAGCGAGUUCCAGAUGGGAUGGUGCAGAUGGAAGCACGCUCCCCAGUGGGACAAAUCCUGGGAAUAAAAGUUUGGGUAUUCCGGGAGCCAUCAGCGGCAAAACUUCACCAAGAUCAAAACGGACCCGUCGAACUUCAGGUCAUUCAUGGAAGACACGAUAUCGAAAAGGUACCAUAUUAAUUCUUGUUUCCUUUGCAGUAGGCUUUCUGUCCUCUUGUGUUCCCCAGCGGUGAAGAGACAGCAUCUGCGUGGUUUUGUUUUGCCAUCUCUCAGUAUUUCGUCAAUUUGACAACUACCAAGCUGGUCAAACUUAGUAAGCACAAAAGACUCAAGGACUACUUACAACCUUUCAAUUAAGAAACGGGUGCACAGGAGAAGUAAAGCUUAGACAAGAAACACUUUUCUGAAGAGCAAAUUUAUUAUUUGAUCCCCAAGAGAUUUCCUAAAACCCACAGUUAGGCGGUGCUUGCUGCUUUCUGGCAUUGCAUUGUUUUCGAACAUGAUCACAAUAAACUUUUCUGGCCCCGAUGAUAUUCAAAGGCUGCAUAGCGCUAUCCACCGAAUCACUGUCCAGUAGAUACGUAUGAAAGGGAUCCCAUUUCCAAUUUCAAUUCGGUCCUUUGCUGUUUUGCAGUAUUAUUUCUCUGUGAACUUGGACUCCGUUUAUGAUGGCCCCUUUGCUCCAGUGUACCAAUUAGCUAAAGUGGAAAUGGAUAAGAGGAACAUUUUUCAGUUGCUAGUCGAGCUGUCGUUUCACAACGGACUUGACGAAGAAACGCAACAGUUCUACAGCAAGCCAUUCAUGAUGAGGAGCAGACCCAGAAAUGAUCAACCGAAUAAAAACAAGAAACGCAAACUUUCUGGUAAGUAUGAACCCAGUGUUCUCGUCUCAGUAACCUAAGAGGCCUAGGAUGGUAGUGUAUUCUGGUGCGAGUAACUAACUGGAAAAGAAACCUUAUGUAUGAGCUAGCAAAUCACUUGAAUUACAUACUAGCCUUUUCAAAGCAAGAAAAGUCGAGACAAAAGGCCCAGUUCAAACAUCGAACUUUUCAUGUACCCAAGUUCUAGCUGUUUGGGUCGACCCAAAUGAUAACAGUUCGACCGUUGAUUCAGAAGUCGAACUUAAUUAGUCGGACUCAAUUCAUUUUCACGAUGUACGUGCCGUCUACAAUGUUUACCGGUGAAAAUAAAUUAUAGUAAUUUAUGCAUUAGGUUUGGCGCGUGAAAAGUUCGACGUUUGAAACGAUGUCACCCCUCAGUCGAAAUUCCAAUGUAGGCCUCUCAACUUUAAUUAAUGGGUCGGCCCAAAUUCGACAGUCAGACUUAAUUGAUUCAAGCGUCGAUUUUUUCAUGUACUUAUUUAGACGUUGUAACUGGGCUUUAGUCUCCUUCAGCUUUGAUAUUCGGAGGAGACCUUAUGUGAAUGGCGUUGUACUUAUUUGUAACUCAAACCUAGCAUUUAAGAACAGUGGUGAACCAUCCUAUUGGAGUAUGUUUUGACUGAGCCAAACCCUCGUGAGCGAGAUGUCAUUUGAAUAGUAUUUAUGUUAAAAAAAAUUACAGUUUUAAACGAGAUUUGGAACUAUUCAAGCUUCUCAGAUUAUAAGCUACGUUCCGCGCUGUUGUAAUAGACCUUUUUAGCUUGUAAGUUUUGUUUUUUCAAUCAGUCAGACCACGUGAUGUUCUCCAAGGAAUUUGUCUUCUGUUUUUUCAUAAAUUAUGCAUACAUAUGCACGUGCAUAUAAUGACAUUUGAAAGAAACAGUUCUCUGGGGAACCAUCACGUGGUCUGAAAUAGAAAAAACAAAACAUACAAACUAAAAAGGUCCAUUGGCCAAAGCGGAAAAUACCACAAUAUUCUUUAAAUUGCCGUUUGGGUGGGGCUUCAUGUAAACCUCACCUGUGCAUUAUCUUAAGUUUUUUGUAUGAACUACACGAGCAGUGUAUGCAUUGCACGUGCAAAUCGUGCAGAGCACAAAAGGUAUUGCAAAAGUCUUUACAUGAAGCACCACCCAAAUGGGAAAUUAAAGAAUAUCAUGGUAUUUUCGGCUUUGGCCAAUUUCUUAUUAGGAAGUGAGUCUAGAAUUUCCUUUAUUUUUACUUAUUUUUCUUUCCCUUUUGUUAUUUUAGGAGGCAGCGACGAGGAGGAAGGUAAGUUUGAUCACGUCGGCUGAUUUUUUCUUAAAAUUGAAGAUGGCUGGAGAAAGAGCUGAAGAGUGUUGAGUCAGCGACUAUUUUUUGUGCAAAGAGGCAGCUUGAACGGUAAACCUAGUUGAUUGGUUUUCCUACGGAAAAGGUAGCGAUUCAAUUUUCUGGUGCGAUCAUGUUUCGGCAUUAAUGAUUGGCUCAUUCUUUAGAUUCUUGGCCUUCUGUGCUUCAGGCCUGUCGUCGUACUAAACAGAAGACCUAUGUUAAUUAUUACGGCGAAAUAUUUUUCUUUUUUUUUAUCACACUGACAAUUCUUCACUGACAUCUACACUUAACUACCUCGCUACGCUACUAUUUCACAAUCAUGCCUGAAAGUCCGCUUAUAAUUAGUUCAAGACAAAGCUGACGUUAUUCGCCAUUAAUGAAACCUUACACUAACUUUCUAUUCUCUUUUUAAUUAUUUCUAGACUCACAGAGAGGGGAUAGCCCGACUAGCUCAGUUAGCUUCAUGGGUGAGUUGUUGAUGUUGUUGUUUACUGUCAGUAAAUAGUUAAUAGACGUUCAAUAGCAUUCCUAUCAUGUUAAUUAUUUUGACCAAUAAAAAGUGGAAUAGUUUAGACAUGUGUCAUUGCUCUUAGCAGUGAACUGCCGUGGUACUUAACUCAAGCUAUACCCCAUUUAACAUCCACUACGUUGAAAUCCUCUCCUCUAUUGAUCAUACUUUGGUUGGUGUACAAUUGGAAGAAAACAGAUGGAAUUAUCAUUGUGGUAAAAAUCAUUAUCAUUAUCAUUAUCGUUAUAGUUAUCUUUAUCAAUUGCUAUUGUAGGAUCUGCUGAAUUCCAACACCUUCGAGUGAUAGAACACCUGGACGCAAAACGAGCGUACAUUGAGCAUCUUACGUUCAAGGUACAGGAGGCAGGUCAUAGGAAAGCGGACAUCGGAUAUCACUUUAGAUUAAAAGACCCAAAUGCUUGUGAUGAUUUCGAGGAAGGAGAUGUCGUUGGUUUCUACAAGGAUGACGACGGACACUCAAGUAUACAGCUAUUAGAUAACAAAAAUGGAAAGGAUGCUUUUAUGGCAGGCGUCAUAAGCCGGUCAGCUUAUCUGGAGGCCACACCACCCAUGAAUGAAAACGGUUUGUUCUAAUUUUGCUUUUUCAAACCAACAGCUGAAUAUGAGUGGGGGAAGAGGGGAGUUCAUUCGCGAUUACCGAAAGGGUUAAAAGGAUGGCUUUGGCUUAGCCUGCCAAAACAUCCGUUUCUACUCGCUUUUCCCCGCUGGGGACGUUUCGCACGGGGAACGUCUGCGACUCAGUGACAUAAAUUCCAUGCUGAUGAUGCAAAUCAAUGUUUACUUAAUCAAUCCGGUAGUCAUGGGGUUCCAAAUAUAAAUUUGUCCAAUUUUACGUGUCUUAUGGUCGAUUUUGGAAAAGUGUUAUGUUCAUCUGCCAACGAGCGCCAGCAAAACUCAAAUGCUUCCUCUAGAGAAGACUAUAUUCCACAAAUAUUGACUGUUUUGUUAGAGAUUCUUUGCGUUUAAAUUUGGCCUUUGUGGCCUUUUGUCUUUUGUCUGUCAUUUGUAAACAAUAACUAAAACAAUGUAACUACUCCGCCGACCAAUCAGCGCUUCUGACCGGAUUCCGGACAGAUUUUACGUCAUCGGUAUGGAAUUUCUGUCGCUGUCCUCCGCGCGAAACGUCCCCAGCGGCGAAGAGCGAGGAGAAACGGAUGUGUUCGCAGGCUAGCUUUGGCUUUGGCUUCGGCUUCGGUUUUUAAUCAGUUUUGAAUAAGAACUGCCCUGUAUCCACGUGCGCAUGCGCCCGACAUGCAUGACAAAGGACGAGUUUUUGCUACAUAGUAAACAUCCAGGUCUAAAUAGCUGGAGAACAUUUUAAAAAAUAAUUAGUCUUUUUUUGGCGUUGUGUGGAAAAAAUUACAAGGAUGCAUCCAAACAUCAAAAAUACCUAUGAACGCUUAAUCCUUACACCCGGAUCAACGAAAGCUUUGUCAUACAUUUACAUCUCAGUUUACUCGUGAGUUUAUCUAUAACGUACAUCCACCAUUGAGGAAACAGAAAACAUACAUCGGCUGAGCUGUUUUAAUUGGCUAACCUACAUUCUCUCAAUAAUUGUCACAACACAAAAGUUUACAGGGGAUCUAAGGGGGGUGUUUACAUGAGAAAACUUGCACCCGCGCGAAUUUUAUACCUGGAUGACUUUUUUAUUUCGUAUCGCGUUUACAUUUUGACUUGGUCAUUUCAUAUCUCGUUGUUUGAAGGUACACUUUAUGUUGAAAAAAUACACGUAAGUUUCAAAAUCGCAAACAUUACGCAUGCGCUACCCGUUCCAGUCUACCGGCAGACCGAUUUCACACCGAAACGUGUGGUCGUUACAUGAUACUGUUGCGAGAUUUCACACCGGAGUGAAAUUCUCGCCUCGGUACAACAAUCGGGGUGAACUCACGCCGGGGUGACUCUCGCUGGCAUGACACUUUGUGGUGGUAUCAUGUAAACAAAUGUAGAGCCAUGAGAGAGAGCCGUAGUGAACUCAUUCGGGCGCGAAAGUCGCCCCGGUGUCAUGUAUAAACAGCCCCUAAGACACAAACAACAACAGUACAAAAAAACAGGAUUUGUAAACAGGGUAAUCCAGGUGAAUUUCACAUACAUACAUUUCUCUGUGUCAUAACAUCGACAUAGAAGGUCACCAAUUUCUGUGUAAUUUGGUGUACCCCUUUUCCUUUUAGAUGACACGGACGUUGUUUGUGUAAUUGGAGUAAUUCAAGUCAAGUGCAUAGGCUCUGUUCGUGCUGGUGAACGCAUAUACGCUACAGUCGAUCCCGAGAAUCCAGGAACUGCCAUCCCAGAAUCUCACCUGCCACCCAGCGUUCUCCUGAGUCGAAGCAGCAUUUUACUGGGCAUGUCCAUGCAAGAGAAGAAAGCUUCUAAACUUGAUGAUGUGAAUAUGGUGCAAUGCUUUGUGUGUAUAGUACUAGGAGUCACCGAUAAACAAAUUACUUCAGAAAUAGAACACAUGUACGAUCAGUUUGAGAUGGAUAUGAAUGUAAAGCUUCGAAAAGAGCGACAAAGAUACAGAAAAAGUAAGUUCUGCGCUAAGUUGGGUUUCUGCCUCAUUUUCUAUUCUUCUAGUCUAUUAACCUGAGGCUUUGUUUGUUUGUUUGUUUUUCUUGUUGUUGUUUCCUUUUGUAAAUACUUUGAGUAACAAUCAUGUUUUCUUUACUCGAUGUCAUUAUUUCUGCCGUCAUAUAAAAAUAUCGUGAGAAAACUUUGUCCUUUUAAUGGUGGAAAUGUGAAGGGGCUUCAAGAUCUCGGAACGAUCCUCCCUUAAUAUCGGUAGAAAUAUAUUAGAAACCGAGCAGUGCCGCGAUAAAGGGCUUUCCUCUGUCUUCUAAGUUUGUCUGCUUAUAAUUGCUUUGACACUAAAUUUCUUUUCGUGCCUCUUACUUGAUAUUUCCAAAUAAUUACUGGCUUAUACUAACAACAGUAUCUGAUAAGCUGUGUGAGGUUUAGCCAGCACGACAACAAAGUUCCUCAAAACUUUCUAGGAAUAAAAACGCACCCGCUCAAACUGUUUCAACCUGUAGUUUGUUCUAUGAACAACAACAUUAUUAUACUAAAGAUGACUGGGCUCGAGAGAGUCAAACAAGGUUGUCGCAGAGUUGUAUCUUGUUGUAGAGGUCAUUCUACAGGAGCUCAGGAAUAACAAAACCGACCAUCUCAUCUAAGAAUUUUGAGACCAAGUACGAACGAUUGAUAAGAGCUAGGUUUGACAGGCUUUUACACAAGGCCCCAAACUGCGGGCUUAUCACAGUGCUUGUUAAUGUAUACUAAUUUUAUAAGCGAUUAACAAUACGCGUUGGUUUUUUCGGCUUUUGGUCUUUCUUCAGAUUUUUCUCACAUUAAAUAGGUUGCCGUAUGGGGCAAUCCUAUUGCUGAAAUAACGUAUAAAUUGCCUGCGGGCGUCGGUCCGGCAUCUGACCUUUGAAGGGAAGAUCUAUUCUGAUUGUUUUGGCAGAUAAUCGUCGUUUUUCAUUUCUGGCUUACUUGUUCAAAUAUUUUGAACAAAAAUUUUGUUCAUAGAGAUUGCACCCCAGGGGGGCAGACCCUGGGGAUUUGCUGGUCAGUGGUAUACCCUAUCAACGAUUCCCGGAUGUUGUUCGAGGUGUUCACUUCGCACCCUUGUCGCACGAGAUUUAGGACUUGAAUUAAUCAAGUUUCGUCGACAUGCCUGUUUACAAAUCUCGUAGCUCGGAGCUCGGAUAGAAAUAAGAAGAAAGCUGUUCUGGCGAAUUCUUCCGUAGGUGAUUAUAACAUAAGAGUCCUGCAGAGUUCCAUGGGAACUCCAGCCACUACUACCAAUCCUGGGUAGUACCCAAUUCACCGAAUUUCAUGUGCAUCCCAGGGACUCACAGCGCUAAAAAACCAUACGUCUUUUCUCCACUUUUAGAAAGAAAAAGAAAAGAAAGAAGAAACUUUACUUACCGAGGGUAAACUACAUUAUUACCGGUAACCCGGUAACCCGGUAAUUCACAUAACGGCCCUCAAAACCUCAAAAGAAAGUUUAAAAUAUACAUGUACAAGUCAACUAUUUGGUCAAGUGGAGCCAACUGCGCUGAAAUACGGCAAAUUUAAAUGAGGGUUUAAGCAAAGCAAAUAGCUGGUUUUUGUGCGUAAAAUUCGUACAUUCGUACGUUAAACACUGGUCCUUAUUGUUGCACCCAGGGGGCAGGGGUUUUGUCAGAAUUCCUCUACCCUAUACCCAGAGGGAUUUGAUUUGGCAUGUGGUUUGAAUGGGCAUUUGGACAAAUCCCCCUGCGACCCCGGGGGUGGCCACCAGGGGUAAGCCGCUGAUUGACGCCAAUUAGAUAAUCAAGUCGACAGAAGAUUGAACGUAGCUUGGCGCAUUCUUCAGUAAGACUUCUGUUGUAGAUGACAGGGCAAUUAGGCGAUGUAACAUAGUAUUUAUAUUAUUUAUAACGUUUGUCUAUAGUUCUUAAAGUUCUUACCAUUAAUAAUGUCCGAUGAAUGGCGAUAAGAUCCGAUGACUGAACCACACAUAAAAGGGCCAACAUGGCGGCAACUUCCUAAACCUGACGUGGCAGCUAAGCUUUUAAAACAUACCGCUGACAACGAGGCCAUGCAGUGACAAUCUUCAAUUUUAUCGAUAACUUUUUUCUUUUCUUUUCCAGUACUGUGCCUAUCGUUGACCGUGCUUAUUUUUGUCAUUGGUUUGGCCAUAUUUUUCCUCGUGGAAUACCUCUACCCAGGAAGUGCACUAAGAUACAUGUUGUGCAGAAAAGGUUCACUUGACGGCACUGCAACCUUUACUUUUAUUCCUUACGGUGACAUAACUCAGGUAAUAUUUGUAAACAGUGGUUUGUUCCUUGCUGGUAGAUGAAAUUGCAAAACUACAGAGAUAACAAAUUUCCUUGUUCGUCGACUUUUAUAAAAAAAACCUAACAUUUUUUAAUCAACUUGGCAACAUCUUGGGAAAUGUUUUAUUUAUCAAAUUUUUUAUUCAUUACAUAUAUGAGCUACCUAAGAUGAUUAAUAUUCCUUAAAAGCAGCUCUUUGCGACUCAACUGAAAACGUCUGUCGCAAAUAUCAUAGCACAGUAAACUUAAACAUAUAGGGCCCUUCAACGUAACAUUAUAUGUUCAAAAUCCCUCCAAAGGCUCCACUGUCAGGCUAGGAAAUAACAUAUUCGACAGUUCAAUAUUUCAAAACAACUUGGCAUGUAUGGUUCAUAUCACUUUAAAUGAUGAUCACUUUCUAAGUUGUUUAGUAAUCGUAUUUGUUUGUCUUGUUAGCGUUGCACUACUCAUGGAAUUGAAUUUACAUGGGAGGGUUUGCAACGAAAGUUGUCCCCAGAAUUGGAUAAUAUUGUCCCCAAUAGAACAUGUAAGUAUCAUUCUAGAUAGUAGUAUUCUUGAAUUUAUACAAAGUUAACUUUCAAAUGAAGUUUUCGCUCGGCAAAAGGUUCUUUUUAACCCUGUGGCUAUGACGGUGAAGUCUUGAAUCAAUUAAGCAUGAGGUAAAAACUUUAGAAUAAUACCAAUCUGCAAGGUAUAACUACUAAGAACUGAAGUGUGAGCAAAAUCUUUCAUGGACUUUUCCACUACUGAAAUGAAGUUCUGUACACAAGCUUUUAGAAAAACGAUGACUGUAUCCUGUUUUCGGCGGAAAUUCAGGCCCCGUAUAAUUGGCUGUCACUAAUACUGUAAACAUCGAAAAUGCCGGCAUCCUUGACGAUACGUUUUCGUUCCCUGACUAUUUUGGACAUGUGUACUACUCGGUGCGCUGUUACGUUAAGGUCGUGAACAAUGCUCCUUUUUUCCGACCACCACAUGAGCGUCCUCAGCUAAAACGUCAAAGAUUUUGCCUUUCCACACUAAAACGACAAACCUCCGUUUUACAUAGGGCUCCACUUUCGGCCGGCGUGCUGACUACAAUCGGCCACAAAUUAAGGCCUCGCCUAGAUGGAAAAAAAUAUUUUUGCUACAAGGUAGGGAGGAUCCCCAAUAGGUUUUUUCUGCAUAUGGGAUUUCCUUUAUUGGAAGCUCGAGAUUCGGGAUUUUAAAGCAAAGUCAAGGCGACAUUCUGGAUUGAAAGUAGGCGUGACAGAUGAGAUGCCAAAAAUAAUUAACCAUCGGGAUGUACAGGAUUGCCCGAAAUUUGGCUUAGAUAAGAAAUUUGGCUUAGAUAAGAACCCUACGGGCACCCUCCGUAGGUGCGUUACUUUUAUUGGAUCGCUUUCCCAUAGAUAUAGGGGUGUCACUGAAGGACCUGUAACACCAAAUGAUAUAGCAUUGAACAAACUUGUAAUUUGACUCUUGUUUUAUUUGUCUUUUAGGGACUUCGGGAAAGUACCACUUUUAUUUAAACGUGGAUCGCUGUGCUUAUGGAGGAUCACUGAAGUUGUCUGCUACUGUACGAGGCAUUUCCAAUAACAAACAAAUUUGCGGACCUAUUAUUUUUGCCGUUAAUCCCGACUGCACAGCUGUUUAUUAUCACCAAGAUGCGCCACAUGCGGGCUGGAAACGGUAUAAAUCAGUCAGAUAUUACCCCGAAUUGCAGAAGCUUCUGACAUGUAAACCAAAGAGUGAAUUCGUCUGAUACGAAGCAAUUUUUCUGACAACUAUUUACGACACGUACCAGGGAGUCCCGUGGCGUCGAGGACGUCUCGAAGAAGCCUUCCGCGUGCCGACUGCUUUAAGCCCCAUUGGUACUAGCAAAUCAGAGCGAUUUUCGUUUGACCUUAAAAAUGGUUUCCAUAAGUCCUUCUCGCUUCUUUUAUCAGCUAAAAGGUCAAGGAAUCAUUUCCUUGCUGCCAAAGAAACCCCGGACGAAAGAGAUGUCGUGCGAUUGUGAAAAUAGAAGCCCAAUUCUCUUCGACCACGUUGGGGAAAAAUUACUUUUCAGAAAUCUUAUUUUCAGCCAAGAAGCCUUUCUGUGUCCGCAAAUCUAACUAAACCCCACACACGUUUGUGUUUGUUCAGGGUUGCCACGGUCAGGGAAAAGUCAGGGGAAAACGAACAUUUUUCAAGGUCAGGGAAAAGUCAGGGAACUUGUUUGAUAUCGUCAAAGUGAGUGAAAAGUCAGGGAAUUCUGUUU